GCCGCGUAUCGCGCCCCCUCCAGCCGCCCGCCGUGGCCUUGGCCGUCGCUCUGCCCGGGGCCGCUGGAAGCGCUGGUGGCGGGCUGGUCCUGGAGGGGGCUACUUAUAAGAGGGCGGGGGGCGCUCAGCCACGCACCCCGCGGCGAGAAGUGACCAUGGCAGUCCACGAGGCGCUGUUGCUGUGCGGCGCGGCGGCGCUGCUGCUGGGCGCUGCUCAGGCUUUCACCAUCAGGCCUGAGGCGAGAGCAAAGCGAGAUUGUCUGGCGGACGAACCAAUGGCGGACGUAGGUGAUGUGGCCGCCAAGGAAACCAUGUAUCAGAAGAUGUUCCACAACGCAUUUUCUAAGUUCCUGGAGGCCAUGGUAAAGUGCUCCGAAGAGUACGCCCAGAAGAAGAGACUUGUCAACUGUUUCGACGGCCAAUUCGCGGAGAGUAAGAAGCAGUACAGCAUGUACGACAAGACCACGCGGGAAGACGCUGAAGUGACGUCUCUGCCACUGAAUGCUGGCACAGAAAGUUUUCGGCAGGUGAAAAGCACCGUGUCUCCUUCCAGCGUGAGCUACGAUUUGCUGGCAGACAGCAAAAGCCUUACAGAAGUUUCAGAAGAAACGCCGGUACAAACGACAUACCAGAAGGAGUCUCCAAAAAAGAUUAUAAAGUACUCCAAAAACCCAUACUCUGUAUCCAAGAGCAAGUUCAGUGAUGCGGGGGAACCUGUAGGUCAGUAUUCUGAGAAACAAACAGCUAUUCAACCAGCAUCUCCAGAUUUUAUUCCAAAAGAUUUUCAUUCUAACGAACAACUUACAGACCUUUUUACCAAUCCAGAUAACACAGCCUCAGUUGAAAGACACACAGACCUGGAACCCACAUUAUUAACUGAAUCAUAUACUGCUACUAGUAAACCCCAUCCAGAAUUCGGGAUUAAAGAAGAUUCAGAAACAACACAAAUACCAACAAAUGUAAAAAUAGAAAAUAAAAGUUACAAUUUAUUUUCACAAGAUGCGAAAGAAAUAAAAUCCGAUUCAUUAAUAAACAAGCCAAUAGAAGAAAGUCAGGAAACGGACCCCCCAACUACAACAGAAACAUCAAUUAAAAAUUUUACUCAUCUGAAGAAUGUAGCAGAAGAUAAAUUCGAAAAUACUGUCAUUUCUCCAUCUUCAAGUGAUGUACAUUUACGAAUGCUGCCAACAGAUGAUAAAAGCCCAAACAGCAUUUUUGAACAAACAGAAGUAAAUUAUAAAAAAUCUUCACCCAAACCACAGUUCGAAAUUCGAUCACAACAAAGCAAUAGUGAAAUCUCUGAAGGUUCCGACAAUACAACUGACACCACUAGGCCUGCAACGCCAGAGAAAGUUGAAAAUAGAACUGCAUUCCAAAUAUUAUUUAAUAGAUAUGAUGAACCUACAGCUGUGACAAAUCAUGAAGAGGUCACUACCGCAGGACCAAAGUAUACAGUUUCCAUAGUAAAACCUGUCAAAUAUGAUGCUCAUGAGCCAAAAGGCAAGAUACCAGUUGCUGAAAGUAGACAAGAUGAUGUAAUACUUGAAGAAACACAAAAUGAUGAAAGUUAUCAAAAAGUUUCGACCUCUGAUCAGUUUAUCGAUAAUGGUCAAGCCUAUCAAACACCUGAACAAGAACUUACGUAUAAUGCAUCACCAAAUUUGUCUAAAAAUCUUGAUAAAAUAUUAUUGAGUACAUUGGAACCUGAAUCUACAUCUGUGACAUUUUCAAGUGUGACAAAAGUGCAAUCAGAAGAAACAGUUCCUCCUGAGAUGCAGAUGUUAACAGUAGGAGACGAUAGUUAUGAGUCUCCUAAAACGACUUUACAGCCUCCUAGCGAUAGGGAAAUUGUAGAGUCAACAGUACCAAAGAAAGGUGGACUUGGCAAACCAAAAGAUGGUUCACCAGCAAAAGGUACAAAUAUAAUUGAAGUAGGUGAGGAUAAUCUAUCUUCAAGGCAUUUAAAAACGCAAAUUCCUGAUGACGAAUCAUCUGAAAGCACUAUCACUGUACCCGCUAUGGAACCAACCAUGCCAGUAACACACACAGAUCUCGAGUCGAUGAAGACAGACAUUGUUACGAGCACCGUCGAGACAAUGCCGCGUCACACCACCUCGAGGCGCCCCUCCCUGCGGCCACUGCCCAGCGGACCCUCGCAGGAACGCCACUACUCAUCCACAGAGCUAUCGCCAGAUGCGCAGUCGAAUGAAGUGCUGAGCAGCUAUGGUGAGAAGACUUCUGAUCGGUUCGGCAGGGGGUCGGCAGCUUCAGCGGGAGAAACGAACCCAGAAGCCAGCUAUUUAGCUUCGGCCUCUCUCAGGUCUGAGGAAGUACAGAACGUGGUCGGUACUGAAGACAGGCGUAGCAGUCUUCCAGAAAGCACCCGCGAUCAAGGCGGGGAUAGGAAAAGUGAAUCUACGGACCCUGGAAGUGGCCUCGUGACUUCGAGUCCGGAUAUCACUGUAUCAAAACCGGCUAAAAUAGAUUGUAUGUGCCAUAUGACAGAUGACUUUUUGAAUCAGUUGAAGCAAGGAGUUUGGAAAGCACUCAAAUUUGAGAUAACGCCUCAUUAAACCACAAACAGGGUUAUAAACGUUUUGCGCCACUGAACUCACCGCUAUGAAAGCUAGAGGACGUAUUUUCCUAUUCUGUCCACCCGAGAAGUCGGGUUGAUGCGAAGUGUUAUUGCAACAUGUGUUGCAAAUAUCAUAAUAGUGAUCACCAGAAAAAUUUUUAUUUUAUGCAUUUUAAGAUCAUAUUAAAAUUAUUAAGCUCUAAUAGGAAUUUGUGUACCAUUCUAAAGAAAUGCUACCCAUUUUUCUUUUUGUAUAUGUAAUUAAUUUAUGAUAAUGCGAAAUUAUGAGUAAGCAUUUACUCACCAUAUCAUCAAAAAUUUCUCGUGUAAGUUCGCACAGCCUCGACGUUAUUGAAUUUUCCUAGUGAAGAAUGAUAAGGAAAUUUCCAUCAUAUUGUAAAUAUGUAUAAUUUAUUGCGAUCGUUCGAUGUUCGCUCCAUGGAAUGUAAGAGGACUGGAACGUGUGUUGGUGAUGACAGUGAACGUGGACAGUUUUCAUUUACCCUUUUUUUUUACAUACAUAUGCUCUUUUGUUGAUGGAUUUCGAGCCAAAAGUAUUUUUAAUUAUUACAUAAAAAUUGUGUUUUAUCAAUUUGUUAUCCUCAAAAUUAACUUGAAUCACCUUUGGUGAACACUUUUCAAGCUAACAUUUUUAUUGUGUAAAAUCACUUAUCUGGCCAGAAAUGUUAUAAUAAUUUUAGACUUGUAAACAAUGAGCCACAAGAAAGUGUUGCCGAAAAAUCAUUUGUGAUUAAUAAAACAGGCACCGAACAAAUUUUAUAACAUAUUAAUUUAUAGUGACCACUUUACAAAUCAGUGCACACUAUCUCUAAUCUCUUCACUUUUCCCUACAGAAUAUGAUAGUGCGUUACUGACAUUAAUGGAUCCUUUCACUGGAUAUGCGUUGAUCAAACCAUUAAUUUCUCUAACCCUUCCUUUUAUAAUGAACUUUAUUUUUCGCAUCUGUAACUUGGGAGAUUCUUAUUACUGCUUAUUAAAUCAGAGCUCAGACACUGCUACCAAACAUGAGUAAAUGAUGCUGUAGAAAUGUUCGACCAAGCAACAAAAUUUACAACAAUAAUAUUACGUUUAUUUUAUUUUGUUUUAAAGACCACAGUUAUUUCGUUUAACCUAUUUCUUUUUUUAACAAUAGAAGCAAUUCAUUUUAUUUCUUAAUAUUACAUUUAAUCAAGUAACUUAUUGCGUAUGAGUUUAAGUUUUGUCAACAAACCAUUAGAAGUUCAUGUGUUGGACUGCGAAAGUGCCUAUUUAUAUAAAUAGGGAUAGUGUGUAUUGCGCUUGAUGUCAUUGUAAUUCGUAAUUCGUAACAUCAUUUUUCCUUACGUUGUGCUUUUUUUUUAAUUUUUGACUGUCCACAUUGUGUAUUUAAUUAUUUACUUGUUUAUAUAUUUAUAGUGAAUUGAGAACAUCAACAUUACAAUUUUUCUACUCAUAACAUUAUCAUCUUGUAAAUUAAUACUCAUAUUACUUUUCCACUAAAGUAAAUGAUUAUUUUAAUAUUAUGAAUAGAAAGAUACAAGUUUUGUACAUUACAUGAUUUUGUAUUUUUAUUGUUAUAUAUUUAGUUGUAGAUUUUUACUGACAUUAAAAUAUUUACUUUCAAA